GCGGCCGCGAGCGACCGAGGAGGGAAAGGGAGGAAGCGAGGGAAGAGGGCGUGCGGCCGCGGGGUCCCGGAGCCGGGCGGCAGCGGCAGCAGGGCGCCAGGGCCGUCGGGUGGGCUGAGGAGAAGCGUGCACCGGGCGGCCGGCACUGGCUCCCGCGGGCGGAAGAUCGGAGCGGAGGAGGGGGUUCGCUGCGGCGCGGCAGUCCGCGCAGCUCCCGGGUCGGGGUCUCCUCCCGGCGCCUCGGUCGCCCGCGGGGCCCCGCUCCCCGCCCCCCCGCGGUAUGUCUUGAUCUCGAGCAGCGGGUUUCAUGGGGCUCCUCAGGAUUAUGAUGCCGCCCAAGUUGCAGCUGCUGGCGGUGGUGGCCUUCGCGGUGGCGAUGCUCUUCUUGGAGAACCAGAUCCAGAAGCUGGAGGAGUCCCGGGCGAAGCUAGAAAGGGCAAUUGCAAGACAUGAAGUCCGGGAAAUUGAACAGCGGCAUACAAUGGAUGGCCCUCGGCAAGAUGCAGCUUUCGAUGAAGAAGACGAUAUAGUCAUCAUUUAUAACAGAGUUCCCAAGACUGCGAGCACCUCCUUUACCAACAUCGCCUAUGACUUGUGUGCGAAGAACAGAUACCAUGUUCUCCACAUCAACACUACCAAAAACAACCCAGUAAUGUCAUUGCAAGAUCAGGUACGCUUUGUAAAGAAUAUUACCACCUGGAACGAGAUGAAGCCAGGGUUUUAUCAUGGACACAUUUCUUAUUUGGAUUUUGCAAAAUUCGGUGUGAAGAAGAAGCCCAUUUAUAUUAAUGUCAUCAGGGACCCUAUCGAGAGGCUAGUUUCCUACUAUUACUUUCUGAGGUUUGGCGAUGAUUACAGACCAGGAUUAAGGAGACGGAAACAAGGAGACAAAAAGACCUUCGAUGAAUGUGUGGCUGAGGGCGGCUCAGACUGCGCUCCAGAGAAGCUCUGGCUUCAGAUCCCAUUCUUCUGUGGCCACAGCUCAGAGUGCUGGAAUGUGGGAAGCAGAUGGGCUAUGGAUCAAGCCAAGUAUAACCUAGUUAAUGAGUACUUCCUGGUGGGAGUGACUGAAGAGCUGGAGGACUUCAUCAUGUUACUCGAGGCCGCUUUGCCCCGGUUCUUCCGGGGUGCUACAGACCUGUAUCGUACAGUAGGAAAGAAAUCCCACCUUAGGAAAACCACAGAGAAGAAACUGCCCACCAAGCAAACCAUUGCAAAGCUGCAGCAGUCUGACAUCUGGAAAAUGGAGAAUGAGUUCUAUGAGUUUGCCCUGGAGCAGUUCCAGUUCAUCAGAGCCCACGCUGUCCGUGAGAAAGAUGGAGACCUCUAUAUCCUGACACAGAACUUUUUCUAUGAAAAGAUUUACCCGAAGUCGAACUGAGUACAAGUGUGGCCAAAGCAGUCUUGAACCUGAACUGGGCUCCGUCAUCACCUUGUCCUCAGCUCCCCACCUGCUUUGCUGAUAACGUGUCCGAGCCCGUUCUCGUUGGGCUGAGCUAGGGAACAGACAUGAAUGUCAAGAAACUAGAUGCUGAAUGGGAUGUCAGUGUUCUAAGGAGAUUUUAAGUGUAAGGCAUUGAUUUUUUUUUUUGUUAUUUUGUUUUUAUUUCCGUGAUAAUUAUAAUCUCCUCCAGGUGAGGGAGAUCUCACAUCACCUAAAAUAUAUACACCCAUGCAAGUUGAAUCAGGAGGCUGAAUACCAUUUCAGAAGAGGUUCUAUGAUUAUCUUGCUUUUGAUAAAGCCUUUUUUCACCUCUCUUUGGAUGAAGAUGAAUCUGUUUGCCACUUCACCUUCUAGAGGUUUCUGUUGCACACCUCUGCUGGAUAGUGCUAAUAACUUUGCCAUUAUCUGAUUUGUUUCUGUGAAUUGGGUCUCACAAAGUUUAUUGGAGUGUUUGAUCAUGGUUUCUCAGAACUAUUUCUGCUAUAGUUGGGUUUUCCCAUAUUUAUGUAGGCUUUAUAUUUUGGAUGAUCAUUAGUGUUAAAGAAAUCAACUUAAAACCAUGAAUAACACUGUAAAAAAAAAAAAAGACAACGCUUAAGCAGUAUUCCUGAUGCCUGUCUCCCCAGUAUCUAAUAUUGGGGUGCGAUUUCUAAGAAUGUUGGCAUUAUCUGAAGCUUUCUUAGGGAUUUCCACAUAUUACUAUCAAAAAGUGAGUUUAGUAUUUGUUUCUCCAUGAAUCGUCUGUAACCCAGUACACUGAAGUGUCAGUGAUCCCAUAUGGUGUGCGAUCCGUUGGUGAGCUGUGAUACGGUAGGAUUUUCCUACUUCUGGACUUUUACCUGUAGACUAUUUUUACUACGGUGCUUUAUAAUGUGUUUUAAAGCAUUGCAUUACAAAAGAAAAAAAGGAAAAUGCUGUAAAUAUUGCAUAUUUUAUGUAUUUGGACCAAAAACUUACAAGUAAGCAGACAGAAGUGGUUUUGCACCAAUUUUAUUAUGUCGAGUAAAGUCACCAGACCUACUAUUCUUGUAUUUCUCGUUUAACUUUACUGUUACGAUGUCACUGAAAUGAACUAACAUAGCCUUGCAGUUUUGAUAGAGAACAUUACUCACCCCGAGCAGUAGCGAUAACGAAGGGGUACUAGACAGCCUGAGCAUUUCAUCACUGGUUCCCGCUCUGUGUUGUCUAGCUGUGUGAUGUUAGGCAAGUCACUUGGCCUCGCUCUGCCUCUGUUUCCUCAUCUUGAGAUUAGGGUACUACUAGCUGCUGUGUCUACCUCACAGGGCUGUUGUGAGGACUACGCCGGCAUGGUGAGAGCACUUUGAAACUGUCCAGUGGUGUUUAAAUGGAACUAUCUCUAGCAUAUAGUUUCAUACUUUCCAUUCUUUUAACAACGAAAGGGAAAAUCUACUUUUAAGCUUCAUGAGAAAAAAAAUCCUUUAUCUUGGUGUGUUUGUGUUUGAUAAAUAUCCUCUCCGUGUUUUAUCUUCUGUGCUUCGGCAACUAUUGAAAUGUGAAACACCUGUGAACUCUAGCGACUCAGGAUCUUAGCUGACGAGGAGCACGAAACUUCCUCACACUUGAAAGACGUCCCUGUUUUCAUUUGACCUUGUUCAAAAAUGGUGGCUGCUUUACACUUAUGGUUUCUAAAGUAUGCUUUGUAGAGUUAAAUUUUCCAUAUUAAUUCUUCACCUUCUCCCUCUGCAGAAUCAGAAUUCAGAGUCCUCUCAGCCAGACUUUUUAGAGGGGAGGUACUACUUGUAUGUUUAAACUUUCCUGCACAGCACCUCAUCAAACAAAGCAUUUUCAACAGAAGGCUUUAAAGGUUAUUUAUUGUUUAAUAAGAGGGGCAAAAAGCACUGCAUCAGAAAGCACUUAUAAAGACUAAAGGAAUGACGUUGUCGCCCUGCCCACCAACACGAAAAUGUUCAGAGAACAUAGCAGCAUUUUUUCCUUUCCUCCCUAUCCCUCCUUCCCAGCCAAAGUUUCCAGGUAGCUGCUAAAAACAAAGUUUUUUAUUUUUUAUUUUUUUUCUUUCUCCCCGCUCCCCCAAAGCUAAAAAACUAUUUUCAGGUAUACAUUUGGCUGUUGAGUAAAUCUGAGGUUAUUCUUGGGAGUCGUAGCAUAAAUCUCUUAGGUCAUUAGGGUAACAUGUAGUAAACUAGCCGGGGCGUUCCAGAAGCUGUUCUCGUAAAAGACUAGAGGGAAUACGUCAGGCAUCUGUCGCAGCCUCAGCUCUCAGUGCCGCAGGGAAACUUCACGGACAGUAUAGAGACCGAUGACCAUGGCUGUAGCCCAGUUAAACUUUCGUUUACAAAGCAGACAGCAUGAGUGUGGACAUGAGCUGCAGCCCCUGCGCGGUGAGGAGUCACACGGGGAAGCCGUGGCUGUGUCUGACCCAAGUUCCCAGUGAGUUUUUCUACCACCCAGAGCUCCCAGAUUCCGACCCAGGAACUGCGUUCUGCGUCAGUCUCACCUGUGGGGCCUUCCAUUUUAUGUCCAUCGCUUCCAGGUGACCGCGUUUUCCUAAUUUACCAGUUCAAAAUUGGGACAUUUCUUUUAUCUCUUUUUGGAGUGAAUGGGUUCAGAGUGUCCUUUCCAAGGACUGGGAAAAGGUGGAUUUGCUUCUGUUUGAUUCAGUUUAAUCCGAGGAGUCUGAGUCCUUAGAGUAUAUAACUUUAUAAUCAAGUAAAUAGAAUCUCUGAAUCGAUGUGUAUUUUUUAAACGUGGCAAAUGUGCUUUUCCUUUUUUUAGCCUUUGUGUUUUUUCAGUAAUUUGACCAUAGGGAGAUUGUUUUUAUAUGAUAGUAAAACAAACUAACAGAUUUGAAUUUUGAAGAUAAUGUAUAUGUGUACAUGUAUCUCUAUAUCUGUGUUUAUUUCCUACAAGACAAGAGGUAGCUUUGUGUUGAGCUUGUACCAACUGUUUUCUUAUUGCUGGGAAAUGAUAACUGUUGAUAAAUCAUUGUGUUUUAAAUGUUGUGGGAGGAUAUAUUUGGUUUUUACCAGCUUUAUUCUGUAAAGUGUCACUUAAAUAUAUCUGAUAGCAACACUUGAAGACCUGCAUGGAAGCUGCUUUUGUGUCCCCAGUACAGUCCUAUGGUCCCUAACCUCCUGCUUCUGGACUCCCGAUGACUGGAUUCAAAUUAUCAAACCCACAAAACUAUACAUUGCAGACUUUUUAAAUGCUGAGCUUUACUUUCUAUCCAGAAAACUCAGCUAAUGCCUAUAAUUUGAACUAUUGAUCUUCCUCAUUAUAUGUCCUGUUGGGAAUUCGUAAAAUUGUCAGCUCCAUCAGGGAAUUUAACAAAGUAUUUUGAUGUUAUAUUUGCAUAGCUAGAUACAAAGUAGUUUUUAGAUGACAAUUCUUUUUU